GUGAAGAGAGACAGAAGGCCUUAAAGCUUAUAAAUUUAUAGACGAUGAGAGUAGGGUUAUCAAAACGCACUUUCAUUUUAUGAACAGUAUUAUAUUCUUUCUCACGAUGAUCAUAGAGAAUGUGGAAGCCUUGAAGUCGUGGCUGGCAAAACUCCUGGAGCCAAUAUGUGAUGCUGACCCCUCUGCAUUAGCCAACUAUGUGGUGGCUCUUGUGAAGAAGGACAAAUCGGAGAAGGAGCUGAAAGCACUUUGUGCAGAUCAGCUUGAUGUCUUCCUACAAAAAGAGACAACAGGAUUUGUCGAUAAACUGUUUGAAUGUCUGACAACAAAGAACUACCUGGGAAAUCCUGCUGCCAAGGAGGCUCCUAAAGAGGAGGUCAAACCACCUGCAGUCAAGUCUGAUGUUGUGGAGGCUGAAACUCUAGAGGAGGAGAGAGAAAACAGGUGGAGGAGAAGUCCUCUGAGAAACCGCUCUGACUUCGAGUCCAGGAGCCGCGAUGACAGGAGGCGAGAUGAGCGCAAGCGCCGUGACUUCGAUCGGCACGGGAAAAGCGGCAGCGACUCUCACCGCGAACGGGAGCGCCACGAGCGUCGCAGGGGCAGCCCCCGCGGGAGGAGCUACAGCCGCAGUCGGAGCAGGAGUGGCAGCCGAGGAAAGAGCAGGGAUAGGGAGCACAGAGGAGGUAGAGACUUUAAGUCAAAGUUUGAGGUGGAAAGAAAGGAUACCGACGGCUGCAACUCUUUGACCACAUCCGGAUCCCAGCAGCAGCACCCUCCACCUCUCUUGCCCCUGCCCACACCUCCACACCCUUUUUCCUCCUCUACAUCGUCGUCCGCUGGAGUCUCAGGAGCUGGAGGUGUUCCUGUAGCAACGCUGGCUCGCCUGCCCGAUAGCACCACAGACAGCUGGUCAAGCUACUAUGGCAAACAGAGACAAGAUGGUGUCGGGAAGCCGUUCAACAACAAGAGCGUUUCACUCAAACAGCGUUGCAGGGAUUAUGACGAAAAAGGAUUUUGUGUCCGUGGUGACCUUUGUCUAUUCGACCACGGCAACGACCCUCUCAUCGUGGAUGAUGUCAAUCUACCAAAUAUGAUUCCAUUCCCGCCCCCACCUGUUAUGCCGCCCGCUGGCAUGCCCAUGCCCCCAAUCACAGAGCCACCUCCUUCCCUCAGGAUCCCUUCGAUGCCACCCUAUGGCCAGCCACCACCACCGGGCGUCUUCCCCAUGACUGGACCCCCACUGAUAGCAACCAGUGGGAUUGAUACCCCCAACCACCAAUCUGCAAUCACUUCUUCUCCUCCUAUUGGACCGCCUGGUGUGGGGCUGCCGCCUACUCUUCCUCCUCCUCCUCCUCCUCCUCCUCCUCCACCUCCUCCUCCUUCGUCCUCAUCUGUGUCUCUUCGUCCCCAAUAUGUCCAGUCUGAAUAUAACUAUGAUCCAGAGGGCUACAACCCAGAAUCCCCAGGCCUGACUCCAGCAGGUCGUAACCCGUAUCGACAGUUCAUUCCCCGAGUGCAGACCCAGCGCUCCAACCUCAUCGGCCUCACCUCCAGUGAAGGACAAGGCUCCAGAGCUGCAAACAUAGUGAUCCAGACAGAGCCAGCCACUGUGGCCAGCACUCCUGGAAGUAACGUGUCCCGUUUCAACACAGAGCAGGACAGCAGGAAGCGAGCCAUGGGGCAUAGUACGGCUGAGGGACCAGCAGCUAAAAAACCCUGGAUGGAGAAGACAAACUUUAACAACCAACAUAAGAGCAGUUUUCCCAAGAGGAAUCACUAUGUUAACACCAAGCUAGAGGUGCGCAAGAUCCCUCGUGAGCUCAACAAUAUCACCAAACUCAAUGAGCACUUCAGCAAGUUUGGAACCAUUGUCAACAUACAGGUUGUGUUUGGUGGAGACCCAGAAGCCGCACUGAUUCAGUACACAAAGAAUGAAGAGGCCAGGCGAGCCAUAUCCAGCACUGAGGCGGUCCUCAACAACCGCUUCAUCCGUGUGUACUGGCACCGUGAACCCGGCACCAAUGCCACGGGGCUUCAGCAGCAGGAGCAGAGCUCAGGGAGCCAAGCAGCUGGAUCGGCACCCAGCCAGGGGCCGCAGCACAGCAGCGUGCAUAAGCAGGGGAUAAAACAGCACAAUCCAGCCGCCUAUGUGUUGAACAAGACUGUACCAAAGCAUCGCCCGCCAGCAGCGGCUGGGACCACACCUCCAGCCAAGACGGACAGCCAGAGCCCAAACACAGACACGGUGGCGCCUGCACUGACAAACACCCAGAAGGGCCCCUACACUUCUACAGCCCUCAAGUCGUCCUCGAAGAGCCUUGGGAAAACGGGAAAAGCUCUAGAAGCACAGGAAGUCCUCAAGAAGAAACAGGAGGCAUUAAAACUCCAGCAGGACAUGAGAAAGAAGAAGCAAGAGAUGUUAAAGACACAAAUUGAGUGUCAGAAGGCCCUGAUAAACCGUCUGGAGAAGAACCGAGGGAUGAAACCUGAGGAGAGAGCCAACAUCAUGAAGACCCUGAAGGAGCUGACGGACAAGAUCGCCCAGCUGCAGAAUGAAAUGAACCCUGCUUCCCAGGUCUCCAGCACCAAACCCAACCACAGUCAGACCAAGACCAAAACCGAUGCCCAGAAGGAGUUGCUGGACGCAGAGCUGGACUUUCACAAGAAGAUGAGCUCUGGAGAGGACACAACAGACCUCAAGAGAAAACUAGGGCAGCUGCAGGUGGAGGCGACACGGUUGGGUCUAAUCCGGCCCCCUGCAGGUCGAGGUCGGGGUCGAGGAAAGAUGGCGCCUGAGCCCGGUUCGAUGCACGUGGGCCGCGGCAGGGGCCGAAGCCGGGAGAUGGUAGCCCGCGGCGGGGCCGUGAACCGUAUGGUGGUUGACCACAGACCCAGAGCCCUGGCUAUUUUGGGGGUCACUCAGGAGGAGAAGGAGGAGCUAAUGCCACACUUUGUGAAAUUUGGCGAGAUUGAGGAUCUCCGUGACCAAGAUGCGAACAGUGUCGUCAUGACCUUUAAAACACGAAGCGAAGCAGAGAAUGCAGCUAAUCAGGGAGCUAAGUUCAAAGGUCGAGUGCUGCAGAUUUCCUGGUACAAGCCCAAGACGCCCUCUGUUACAACAGAGCCGGAGGAGGAAGAGGCUAAAGAUGAGGAUAAUAAGAAGGAAACUAGCUCCUAUUUGCCUGGUGAGGAAGAGGAAGAGGAGGAGGAGGAGGAGGAUGACGACGAAGACGACGAGUACGAGAGCCGGUCUUGGAGACGGUGAAGGCAUUGCCAUUUGUCAUUACCUGCUCUUCAGCAAAUCAAGGGUUAUUUUCCCCUCACGGGCAGAUAAAAUCAGUACAACGGAACUCACAUUUUUUUUUCCUUUCCAGUAUUUUCAAGCUAAGUAAUUUUAGACUCUAAUCAAAGUAAAAACAUCAUUACUUUAUUGUACAUCAAAAGAACUUUAGAGGGUCGACAGCUUUUGUAUCCCUCCACUAAACAAUUAUUUAAAACAUCUCACUUUUGCUGAGAAAGAUAAAUGUUAAGUUGUUCUUAUAGAUAGAAAAACCUAUGUAAGUUUCAGUGUGCUUACCAGAUGAUUAAUAUCAGUAAUGCACAACAUUUGUGUCUACUGUGAAUAGGUAUUUUUAUACAUACUGUAUUUAAGCUCUUUUCUCACCAGUUUUUUGAAAAAUCUCGUCCUCCAUUCAGGGACAGCCAUUCCAUCACCAAUAGAGCGUUCUCUGUUGCUACCAGAGAGAUAUUUAUUUAUUUUUUCACUGCAUAAAUGCACUGUGCCGUACCUAUAUUGGCACAGUAUGGUAUGGUUUUCCGUUUUCCUCACAGUUUGCUUUGGCAUGGGACAGCCCAAAAUGUUAAAGGAUCCAAAUACAUUUGACAGUGGCUCUGUGUGCCGGCACGAAUACAUGCUGGUUUGUGCAUGUUGUAUUCGUAAACAAACAGAGCCACUUCCUCCCAGCACUCAGAGGUGCUGAGACUGUACCAUGACCAUAUUAGAGCCAGUGCAGGUACAGAAGGAUACCAGUGCAAUAGAAAAAACCCAGACAAAGUUUACAAAUUGCCAUGUUCGUGCACGUCACAUACAGUCUUGUAGUACAUAUUCAAAAUUUCCCCCACGUUUAUUUUGUUCUUCACUCAAUGUCCAGUGCCACUCUGUGUAAAUAUACAAACACCCACACGGGUGUUCUACGUUUUCUAAGAGUGUGUAACAUUUUUCACUUGUUUUAUUCUGUCACUUGGUCAUCCAGAGGGCCUGACAGGACAAGGAUCAGAUCACCCAUUUCAAAAAUGUGAGAUCCAGAGACAGGUGUCUGAAUGUAAUACUGAACAGUUGAUUUUAAUAUAUAAAUAUAUAUAUAUAAUUUCUUUGCCUUACACAAUCAGCAGAUGGCUGAAUUUUUACAAGAUUUGUGAUUUACUUUUGUAAAUUUUGUAAAUGCUUGAAAGAGAAAUUACUGUUGUACUUAUUUUUUUUGUUGGGUUUUUUUUUUUUGGGUUUUGUUUUUCUGUCAUUUUAAAUGAAUGACGAGGUUAUGUCAGGUAGAAAAGGUCAAGCAAGAGUGCAUCGCGUCUCUGCUUAUUCGCAAGAAUUUUGCAUUUGUGACCAGUCCACAUUGUUAUUUCACUAAAUUUGUCAUCAAAGUAGCGCAUUUCUUUUAUAGAAACCUUUGGAGCUGCUCUGAUCUGUGGAAAACACUCUGGGAGGGUGGGGCGCGGAGGGCACCUCACAAUAUUAUUUGUGCAUUAGUGCAGCUUUGCCUGCAUCUGACUAUUGUCAAAGCUCUAGACCCACUCUACAAGUGCAACCAUAUAUUUGUGCACCUUUCAUGACAAAAAGUUUUAUUUUGUUUUGCCUUUACAUAUACUGUAUUUUAGAACCCUCAGGGUGGGAGGAAUGAAUUUAAGCUUCAUAUGGAAAUGUGCUCAUUGCAAGAUAAUACAUUUUUGACAGUGUGUACUUUUGUUGCUUCCCUUAAACAAUGUUUACAUGCAGCCUAAUGAAGUGUUGUUUGACUUAUGCUUAUCAUAACUUAACUAAACUGAUCAUAUCCAGAAAGAUAACAGACUGAAGCACCACAACAAAAGGAGAUAUUAACUUAUUAAUUGUAGCAGUCUCGCUCUUGCAGGCAGAAAUCUGCACGUAUGCUUAAGUGCAGAUUUCUGCCUGCAUAUUGAAUACAGUCAGUAACGAAUCAUUUCCUCCCACCUACAAUGUCAGUAGCGCUCUUGUUUGGAUUGCAUAUCUCACUGUUGUCUAAUAACUCAGAGGCCUCCUGCCAUUGACUUUAUUGUCCCAUUAAAACCUUUGAGUUCAUGUUUUUGUCUCCACCAUCACUGUGUCAGUCAUAAUGAGGUUCAGGUGUGCGAUGGAAAGCUAAAGCUUUUCCCUUUGCACGUAGUACUUUGAUAUGAUUUGCUCCUGUGAUAUUCUUUUUUUUUUUUUUAUAUGAGGUCACUGGCAGUUUUAAAGGACAAACCUAUACUGGCAGGGUUCUUGCUUGUGUAAGUGAGGACUCAGAGAAGGUCUCUCUCCCACGUUUUGUACUAUCUUCUGUAUGCUACUAUCACACAAUAGUGUAAAAAAAUGUAAAAUGUUUAUUGGAUAAUAGUUUUGGAUUUGUUACUGUUUAUAUUUGCAGGAUGUGGAUGUAUUUUCUUCAUGUAUUUUGUUUGUAAAAAAUGGAUUUCUAAUUUACAAGCAUGUUUGCUUUUGCCAAUAAAGAUGGAGGAAUGGGGUGCUUGUAAAACGAUCAAAAAAAAAACAGAAAAAAGAAGAAGAAAAGAAAAGAGAAAAAAUACAAUUUGAAUUGGAUCUUGGAUGAAAAACAUUUUGAGUUAUUGAAAGAAAAUUGACCAAAAAAGAAGUCAACAUUGGCAAGGGGGAAAAAAAAAUCAAGCAAAAGCAUUCCAGAAAACAUU